GAGCCUUGGAGGUGUUUGUGUUUCUGGGAAGAGCCGUGUACAGUUGGGAAGAAGCUUGGCUGAUUUAGCACAUGACUGUUAAUGACAGGAAGUCGGGGUGCAGAGUAUAAAGGUACGUGUGUCCAUGAGACAAGAUGGAGAGAAGAUAGUACAGUGAGGUGGGGGCCCUGUGGACAGGAUGGCUUUCCUGGACAACCCGACCAUCAUCCUCGCGCACAUCCGCCAGUCGCACGUGACCAGCGAUGACACGGGGAUGUGUGAGAUGGUCCUGAUCGACCACGAUGUGGACCUGGAGAAGUUCAACCCCUCAUCAGCAUAUGGGGACAAUGGGUCAGAGCCACAGGGGAGCAACGGGGACACUCAGGGCUAUGUAUAUUCCCAAUCAGUCGACAUUACCUCAAGCUGGGACUUCGGGAUCAGGAGACGAUCAAACACAGCUCAGAGACUAGAACGUCUGCGGAAAGAGAGACAAAAUCAGAUAAAAUGCAAAAACGUUCAAUGGAAAGACAGAAAUACUUCUUGCUCAGCCGAGGAGCUGAGCUCCCUGUUUGAAAAGAAGAAUUUCCGAGUGAAGUCGCCGUGCUCUGGGAAGCAAUCCAUCCUCUCUGUGAGGCUGGAGCAGUGUCCCCUGCAGCUCAACAACCCCUUCAACGAGUACUCCAAGUUCGACGGCAAGGGCCACGUUGGUACAACGGCAACCAAAAAAAUCGAUGUCUACCUCCCCCUGCACACAAGCCAAGACAAGCUGCAGCCCAUGACAGUGGUGACCAUCGCCAACGCCAAAGUGCACGACCUGAUCGGGCUCAUCUGCUGGCAAUAUACAAGUGAGGGCCGGGAACCCAAACUGAAUGACAACGUCAAUGCCUAUUGCCUGCACAUCGCCGAGGACGACGGGGAGGUGGACACGGAUUUCCCCCCCUUGGACUCCAACGAGCCCAUCCACAAGUUUGGCUUCAGCACCCUGGCCCUGGUGGAGAAGUACUCGUCACCCGGGCUGGCGGCCAAGCAGUCGCUCUUCGUGCGCAUAAAUGCUGCUCAUGGAUUCUCACUUAUUCAGGUGGACAGUAUGAAGGUCACCAUGAAGGAUAUCUUACAAAAGGCCUUAAAGAGAAGGAAGGGAUCACAGAGAGGCUCAGGUCCUCAGUAUCGGCUGGAGAAGCAGAGUGAACCUAAUGUCCCAGUAGAUUUAGACUGUACCUUGGAGAGCCAGAGCACUUUGGAAUUCUGCCUUGUCCGGGAGAACAGUUCCAGAGGAGAAGAGGUGUCAGAGGAGGACCCCCAGAUCGACAUUGCCACGGUGCAGGACAUGCUCAGCAGCCACCACUACAAGUCCUUCAAAGUCAGCAUGAUCCACCGGCUGCGGUUCACCACGGACGUGCAGUUAGGUAUUUCUGGAGACAAGGUAGAGAUAGACCCUGUUACUAAUCAGAAGGCCAGCACUAAGUUUUGGAUUAAGCAGAAACCCAUUUCAAUCGAUUCUGAACUCCUCUGUGCCUGUGACCUUGCGGAAGAAAAAAGCCCAAGUCAUGCAAUAUUUAAACUUACAUAUCUAAGCAAUCAUGACUACAAACACCUUUACUUUGAAUCAGAUGCUGCUACUGUCAAUGAAAUUGUACUGAAGGUUAACUAUAUUCUAGAGUCACGAGCAAGCACAGCCAGAGCAGAUUAUUUUGCUCAGAAACAAAGAAAACUGAGCAGGAGAACAAGCUUUAGCUUCCAGAAGGAGAAGAAGUCGGGCCAGCAGUGAGGCCGAGCCUCGAGCAGAGCCGCGUGUGCCGCCUUCGGAGCCGCUCCCGCCGCACAGGGGGAGCCGGGACUGGGGAGCUCCUGCUGCCCGAGGGCAGGAGCUGCGGGAAGGAAUCUGAACUAUCCCGUCUCUCACGGCUGGAAGAUUCUCCCUCGUUGGUGAUGGGAAGUCUCCCCUGUGACAGAAAUAAAGAGCCAUAUCAGCCGGAAAGAAGACUGUUACGCUUCAGGUUCCUUUGAUUAGAAAUAAGAGAAUGACGUAGACUGGCAUCAUUUAAUUACUGUAUUAUGUACAAUCACAAGAAGAGAUGUGAUUACAUAUUAUUUCACAGCCUGGUUAAAAUAAAUUAUAUACAUCUGUAAUCCACCCACGUACACGCAGGUAUUGCUUGUGACAUGAUCAAAUUUCUAAAAACAAAAUGUAGGACAAAUGUAUCCAUUUUUACUAUUAAUAAACAGAUGUAAUCUUUUUCAAGGUCCAUAUGAUGCACAGUUCUUUUGGGGGGAGGCUGCAGUCCCAGAUGGUUUCACUUCUGUUGCUGAAGUGCAGGAGGCAUCCGUGAGCCAGGAACAGCAGCCGUGGCAGGGGAGCUCUUAGUGAGGGAUGCUGAGACAGUCGAGUCUGUUGUGGUUUGUUUUGUUCAAAAAUAUUUUUAUUUAACUGUGCUUUUCAGCUUUGCAUACGCUUUAUUGGAAGUUCCUUGCUGUAGUUGGAAAUCCACAGCAGCGUCUUGGUGCUGGAGAGGAGCAUCCUCCUGCCCAGGACCCACAGCUGCUGCUGCCCCAGGCCUGGCCCUUCCUCUGGGGCACCUUGCACCUGGGACUGAGAAAUGCCUUCACCUUUUCUUAAUAUUAUUCUUUAAAAAUAAAAAUUAAUACCUACUUUGUACUGGGA